AUGCAGCUCAACUGUCACCUGCCAUCCAACCCGCUCCUUAACACACAGUUGAGGAGAAAUGCCAGCCGACGUGCCGUGCCAGACAUAGAAGCUGCUGUGAGGGAUACCACCUGGCUUGCCUGCUUUGAUAUAAGCACUCGCGUAUCCCGUGCUCGGGAACGAGCAUCAAGCCUUCUGGACCCGUCUAGCCAUACGCUAUUGGAAAUUCGCCAGCUCACCAUGACGUUGAUGGCAAAGCUCGACAUGAUUACAGACUCCUCCCUCCACUUCUCCCAGACGCAAAGCAGCAUCAACGACUUGGAGCUACUGAGGAGCUCAGACCAACACUCCUGGAGUCCCGAGACAGAACUCACUUUGCAAGGCGCAAAACUGUACUUGUAUGCCAUGUCACUUCUAUUACCUCCCCCAAAGGAGCCUAUCGUAGCUCUGCAAGCUAUCUCUGAUCGGGAUGCGGUAUUGAUCAGUGGAUUAAUGUCCGCUUCGACAAUGAUAUCAGAUAUGCUCCACCAACUCCGUGACAAACCUAAUCAAGGCUCAGACAAGAUGACUUGCAGUGCAGCGUUCUGGCCAAAGACACAAAUCAGCUACCUGUUCUUUGCCGCGACAUUCAUUUUCCGGGUUCUUCUCUCACAUUCAAGUCUGACACCGCAGGACAUAACCCUUGCUAUGUCACGUCUUGCAGAUGCACAAGCAGUUUUUAGAAUGGAACCAUUGCAUCCAGAUCGCACACGAGCUGCUGAGAUUAUCCAGCGGUUGAUAGAAGUUGCGCGCGCUUACAUAAUGAAAGACGAGGGCGAAAAUGACGCCGAAAACCUACUCCCAAGAGGCCUUCUGGUCACUGGUCGCUUGGGGGCAUCAGUCUUGUUUGAUGCCGUCCUACGGUCUGUGCACUACCACAAACAAAGUGCACAGAGGCGCAAGUCCCGCCCACGAAAUGAAGUUGGUAUAUAUGAGGCCGGCGCACCUACCCCUGGCACGGAACUGCGUGUAGGCGGAGAAGCGAGUUCAAAUGCCGGAGUGAUAGAGCAGCGUCAAUCUGUAGAAGCCUAUGCAAAUGCACCAGACGCUCCAGGUUUAAUCGGGCUUGGCGAUUUGUUUGAUUUCGAAUUCAUGGAUCGCUAUGAGUAUAUUAUGAGUACCGACCCGUCCCUGAUGAUCGAUAACCUGGGAGAUCCAGGCUUCAGGACUUGGUGA